AGAGGGAGCGGGGCUGGGAGGAGGAGCACAGGCGGCGGCGGCAGCGUUAGAAGGAGGAGGAGGAGGAGGAAAAGAAGAAGAAGAAGAAGGCGAGAUCCCCACCGACGGCGGCCGCAGCCACCGUCUCGCCGCCCGCCGGUGCGGGCGCCUCGCCGAGAGAGUGCGGCGUUUCGGGGGGGUGUCGGCCCCCGUGCCUCCCCCCCCGGGGUCCCGCGGCCGCCGCGCGCCGGGGCUCUGGGGCUCAGGCGGAGGAGCAGGAUUCCCCGAGAAGGAGGAGGCGGGAGAGGAGGAGGAGACGGUGCCGGUGGCUGCGGGUCAGGGGGGAAGAUGCCGCUGGCGCAGCUGGCGGACCCGUGGCAGAAGAUGGCUGUGGAGAACGCGAGCGACAGCGCCGAAAAUGGGCAGCAAAUUAUGGAUGAGCCUAUGGGAGAAGAGGAAAUUAAUCCACAGACUGAAGAAGGCAGCAUCAAAGAAAUUGCAAUCACACAUCAUGUAAAAGAAGGACAUGAAAAAGCAGAUCCCUCCCAGUUUGAACUUCUAAAAGUACUAGGGCAGGGAUCGUUUGGAAAGGUAUUUCUAGUAAAAAAAAUCUCAGGAUCUGAUGCUAGACAGCUUUAUGCAAUGAAAGUAUUGAAAAAGGCCACCCUGAAAGUUCGAGAUCGUGUUCGGACAAAAAUGGAACGUGAUAUCCUGGUAGAAGUUAACCAUCCAUUUAUUGUUAAGUUGCAUUAUGCUUUUCAAACAGAAGGGAAACUAUAUCUUAUUUUGGAUUUUCUCAGGGGAGGAGAUUUGUUUACACGCUUAUCCAAAGAAGUGAUGUUCACAGAAGAAGAUGUCAAAUUCUACUUGGCUGAACUUGCACUUGCUUUAGAUCAUUUACAUAGUCUUGGAAUAAUCUAUAGAGACCUAAAACCCGAAAACAUACUUCUUGAUGAAGAAGGCCACAUCAAGUUAACAGAUUUUGGCCUAAGUAAAGAAUCUAUUGAUCAUGAGAAGAAGGCCUAUUCUUUUUGUGGAACAGUAGAAUAUAUGGCUCCAGAAGUAGUUAAUCGACGAGGUCAUACGCAGAGUGCAGAUUGGUGGUCUUUUGGUGUUUUGAUGUUUGAGAUGCUUACUGGUACACUACCAUUUCAAGGAAAAGACCGAAAAGAAACUAUGACUAUGAUUCUCAAAGCCAAACUUGGAAUGCCACAGUUUUUAAGCCCUGAAGCACAGAGUCUUUUACGAAUGCUUUUCAAACGAAAUCCUGCAAACAGAUUAGGAGCGGGGCCAGAUGGAGUUGAAGAAAUUAAAAGGCACUCAUUUUUCUCCACAAUAGACUGGAAUAAAUUGUAUAGAAGAGAAAUUCUUCCACCCUUUAAGCCUGCAACUGGUAGACCUGAAGACACAUUUUAUUUUGAUCCUGAAUUUACUGCAAAAACUCCAAAAGAUUCACCUGGCAUUCCACCUAGUGCUAAUGCACAUCAGCUUUUUCGAGGAUUCAGUUUUGUAGCUAUUACAUCAGAUGAUGAAAGCCAAGCAAUGCAGACAGUGGGGGUACAUUCAAUUGUCCAGCAGUUGCACAGGAACAGUAUUCAGUUUACUGAUGGAUAUGGUAAAGAAGAUAUUGGAGUUGGCUCUUACUCUAUUUGCAAGAGAUGUAUACAUAAAGUCACAAAUAUGGAAUAUGCAGUUAAGAUUAUUGAUAAAAGCAAGAGAGACCCAACAGAAGAAAUUGAAAUCCUCCUUCGUUAUGGACAGCAUCCAAAUAUUAUUACUCUUAAAGAUGUCUAUGAUGAUGGAAAAUAUGUCUAUGUAGUAACAGAACUUAUGAAAGGAGGUGAACUGUUGGAUAAAAUUCUUAGACAGAAAUUUUUCUCUGAACGAGAAGCUAGUGCUGUCCUGUUCACAAUAACCAAAACUGUAGAAUAUCUUCACGCACAAGGGGUGGUUCACAGAGACCUGAAACCUAGCAACAUUCUGUAUGUAGACGAAUCUGGUAACCCGGAAUCUAUUCGAAUUUGUGAUUUUGGUUUUGCAAAACAGCUAAGGGCAGAAAAUGGUCUUCUGAUGACUCCAUGUUAUACUGCAAAUUUUGUUGCUCCAGAGGUUUUAAAAAGACAAGGGUAUGAUGCUGCAUGUGACAUAUGGAGCCUUGGUGUCCUUCUUUAUACAAUGCUUACUGGCUACACUCCAUUUGCAAAUGGUCCUGAUGAUACCCCAGAAGAGAUACUGGCACGAAUAGGCAGUGGAAAGUUCUCACUCAGUGGUGGCUAUUGGAAUUCCGUUUCAGACACAGCAAAGGAUCUUGUUUCAAAAAUGCUUCAUGUAGAUCCACAUCAAAGAUUAACUGCUGCCCUUGUACUUAGACAUCCCUGGAUAGUUCACUGGGACCAGUUGCCCCAAUACCAGCUAAACAGACAAGAUGCUCCACACCUAGUAAAGGGUGCUAUGGCAGCUACAUAUUCUGCUCUAAACCGCAACCAGUCACCAGUUUUGGAGCCAGUAGGCCGCUCUACACUUGCUCAGCGGAGAGGUAUUAAAAAAAUCACCUCAACAGCUCUCUGAAGUGACCUCAACCAUUUACUUGGUACCAUGGUAUAAGAUGAUAGCACAAAUCAUGGCAACAGGUAGCACAUACCUGAGAGAUACCUGCAAGCACACACUGUCCCAGCUGGUACCCAUAAUGCUGCUGCUCCUGCUGCUCCUGCUUUCAUCUGUUCUUGCUUUAAAUGAUUGUUGGCAAGUUAGACUUUUCUGGAGCUUUGGAUGGAGUGAAAAAUGGAAACAAUGAAGAUAUGUUCACUGAAUCAACCAGAAGAGUCAUGAACACCACCUCUGUCAUUAAACAAAUAUAUAUACACAUAUAGGUUUAUAUGUGUGUAUAUAUAUAUAUAUAUAAAAUAUAUAUAUAUACAUAUAUAUACAUACACACACUGAAUAAUAAAGUACUCUUUACCAUAUAGCAUUAUUUUUAUAGGGAAUAUUCCUUGUCCCCCAAAAUAUUCUUUGUUACUUAUAAGGAUGGACAGUUUCUGUUAAGCACUUAACUUAAACAAUCCGUUUAUAUUAGCACUGUAUCCUUUGUGCCAUCCAGCAUUUUGUAUGUUUUUGUAAACAAUUCAUAUACAGUACAUUUCUGUACUGCUUUCUUUAAUGUAUACAUGCCUUGUUUAACUUGGACCUUAUUAUGAAUCAAUUUGACAAUUAAAUCUGGUUAAGCAGUUCACCUGGAUUAAUCAGUAUUGUUGGACAGCUUGAAAAUUGCCUGAUUGCUCAACAGCUAUUGAAUGUAAUACUAUGAUCUUGUAUAAACCCUUCCUCAUGUCUAUGUCACUGAUUUUGUUCUUAAAGUGAGGUGCACUGUCAUGCAAAUCUAGGGAGCUGUUGUGAUAGGGCAAGUUGAAAUGGUGCAUUAUUAUGCAUGUGUGGCAUGGUAUCAAAAAUAUGCCAGAAAGUAGGCCUAUCCACUUUGCAACUCUGUUGAUUUUGUUUGUUUUUUUCUUCUUAGUUAAGAAAUCUUCCCCCUUGAACUUUUUAAUCUUGAGUGGUAUUGGUUAAUAUUGGUUGUUUGUAGUUUAAUUUUUGUUUUAAAUUUUAUUUGGGAGUUAUAACUGUAAGACAGAUAAGAAAAGAUCAUCAAAAACUCAGUGUCCAUUGUAGCUGUGGUAUUAGGUACUGGUUUGAAAUUGAUGCAUAAAUCACUGCUCUAAAUUUGAAAUUGAACUUAAACCUUAUCCUAUAGCAAAAAGUAUUCUUGACCAUCCAGUGUUGAGUUGGAAAAGAUAAAAUAGGAAUUAGUUCAUCUUUAUGAAUGAUUUUAUAUACUCCUGAACAUCUGGAACCAGGAUACUUCAUUCUGACUAGUCACCACACUCACCUAGACUGUCAGCGUUCAUCAAAGAGAUAUGAUGUGGCAGGUAUCACUAUUUUGUUUCACCAUUGAAAUUUAUGCAAACGUGAUUGCCCACCCAAAGUGUCUGAAGCAUAUCUCUGCCAGAAUACCAGACAUCAUUAUAUAUGCUUGUUUUGCAGAAUGUCACUGUUAACAGACCGUGAUCGUGGUUAAUUAACUUAGUUCCCUUUCUGCUAUUAACUAAUCAAUCCUAAGUAUCAUGAAAGAUACUUGUGCAAGGAAUAAGCUAAUGUACCUCAUUCUGAAUGUGCUUAGUUAAAUCUUAUACACUAAGCCAUAUAAAUCAGAAACUUUUUCCUGCCAAAAGCUUUAAUUAUUUCUAUAUGAGAGUAUAAAACCAGAAGGCUUUGGUUUGGUUUAUCUAAACAUCUUAUGGCAGCUGUUUAUCAGGCCUUAAAUUUAUGAGCUAGCCUAUUAAUUUAUGUCCUAUAGAUUUGAGGUUACAAAUACCAAGAACAGAAACAAGGCUGAGUUCUGUAUAAAUUAUGUAGUUUUUAAUGAUUUUGAAUGAAAGAGAAAUACCACUAUUUCCGUAACAUCUUGUAGAUUGGAAGUAAGUUAAAUGACAAGAGAGAUUAAAACUAAAUAAGAAAGAUGAUUGCUGAAUUAAAUAUUUGUACCCCAAGUUAUCCAGAAUGGUUAUCAGAAAUCAAAUGAAAUAAUAUAACAUAGGUGGGGCACCAGAAAGAAACUUUAAAGUUCUUGAAGUUAUUUUAGCAUAGGUAAUGCUGGUAUCUAGGAAAGUAUUCAUAUUUUCUUCAUUGCCUGGAAAGAAGAAAUAUUUUUCAUUGACCCUGGUUGAACUAAGCAUGGCUCACACUGACAUCCAUUAACAUUGUUUGUUUUACAUUAUGUUCAUGAUUUGGGGCAGGACAAGAUACAAUUCAGGCAGAUUGUUUUGUUUGUACUGAAGUUAUUUGACUAAAAUUUAAAAGGCAAUUGUCAAUCAUAAAAUUGUCCAUUUGGAGCAGGAAAAAGGACGUUAGAAAUCAUCCAUUCCCACCCUUUCAUUUUACAAAUGAGGAAACAAGGCCAGAAAAGUUAACGACUCAGUUUCCUUCACAUUAAAAAGAGGGUUAGGCCCUCUAAGCUAUAAGGUUCUAUGAUUUGAAAUAACCUGUUCAAGGUCACAUAGCUGUUUACUAGACGGCAAACUGGUAUAAUGAAAAGAAUCUUGAAUUUGAAGUCAGAAGCUCUGCCUUUUAUUACUUGUGAGACUAUGUCACCUCUUUGGGCCUCAUUUAUGUUAUCUGUAAAAUGAGGGAGAUGGGCUAGAUGAGCUGCUAGAAGUUCAUUCCAACCCUAGAAUCUUAAGACUUCCCAAUCCACUUGACAAGUAAAUUAAGAUUUACCUUUUUCUUAGGAUUAGCAUUCAUCAGACAAAUAUUUAUUGAAUACCUAUUAUCUUCUGAGGCACAGAAUAAUAAAAAAGUGCCUGCCCUCAGGGAGCUUAGAACUGAUAAGGGAGACUAUGUACACAAAUAACUAUAAUACACUCUGUAUUAUUGGAUACUCUGAUUUUAGUAUCAUCAAAGAAGUGUGAUCUUACCUGCUAGAUUUAGAUAAAUUGUCUUAACUCUGUAAAUAGCAAUUCAUAUAAUCACAAAGCUAUCACAGUUGGUUAAAAAGCAGGUUAUGAAAAUAAUUCAGGGCCCAUUUUUUCAUCCAACUUCCCCUUUUUUAUUAAUUGCUAUGAAUCCAGUUCUUCCACAUUUCUCUAGUUAUUGUAUUAACACGGACAUGUAAUCUUAUCUCCCUCACCAAUUAAGCUAUCAUGUAGUAUCUACAAGGUAAUAUUCUGUUUUGAAAAAGCUUCCUCUUUUGUCUUCUUGCAUUGCCAGUAAUGAAUUGGGAGGCUUUUUAAAAUUAAAGUAUUAGUUAUUAGAAAGCAUUGUUUAGUUUUCUGAAGUGCUAGUAAUUUAACAUUACCCCCAGCAUUCUAAAGAUUAUUUGGAGCACAUCCACCAUUCGUUUUGUUGUUUUCUUUUUUAAGAGAUUGUAUUAAAAUUAAGAUUUUUUUACAAAUCACUUUUAACUUUUUCUGGUUCAUUAGAGAUAUUAGGCAUCACAUCCAGGUAUUUUCUAUUUAAAUGUGUAUAAUUGUAUUAUGACUAUUUCCAGGAUUGAUUUUGUGCUUGUCCCAGAAAGUCUCAGUCCUGCUAGGUCUGUUACUGUGGUAGAUGGAGCUUCUUAUGACAAACAAGUUAAGUUUAGGGUUUGAUCCUUGUAAUUUUAAAUUCAGGGACUAGAUUAGAUGUGUUAACAGAUGACUUAAAUUAGUAUUGUGACUGCAGUUAAUAAGGGUAGCCCUCUUUAUCUCCAGGGUGCUUAUAUUUUGCUAAUUUUAAAUGAGAAUUUGUGGAAAUCUCUAAAUGAAGGAAUAAAAUGAGGUUAUUAAUACCUGUGGUACUCUGCAGAUCCAGUAUAACCACUCUUUUUCCAGUUGAUGGAUCUGUAUAGCUAUACUAGACAAGCAAAGCAAUCAGAAACAAAUUAGUGCUAUUUUUAUCUAUGUGCUUUGAAAAAGCAGUUUUUCAUUUGGUUCCUAUGUGACACAGUGCAUCUCAAAGAAAUCAGUACCCAAGCAACUUUGUUUUCUUAAACCUGGGAUCUUGAUCUCCUGUUCAUCACUUUGUUUUGACUAGUCUUUUAACUGUUUGUUUAAAAGGAAUACUAAAGGUUGGGAUGAGGGCCUAUCUUCUUAAGGCACUUUUCUCAUGAAUGCUACAUAACCUUGAAGUUUAUGAUCAACAAUUUAGAUUUUUGUCUUGGUGAUUACUACCAAAUCUUCUAGCAGAGUGCAAGUAGAGAUUACUAGACAAGGAAAAAAUGGAUAUAAUUCACAGAGGAACCUCAAACAAAAAAAACUUCAGAGUUAAGUUGCCAGUUACUAUAUGUAAGUGUAUGAGAGAGGAUAGAGAGGCUGGCUAUAAUACUAAGUAGAUUAGUUCUGCAAUCCAGUGGGGUGAAGAUUUUUACUCCUAUUGUAAAAAAUUAUAGUAUUGAAGAAAACACAUACUGAGCAUUUUCAGCUGAUGUAUUUAAAACAGAAUUUUAAAUACAAAGCAAGGACAUAAGAAUAUAUAGCUUGUUUUGUUUUAUCUUAGUAAAUGCAGUUUACAGUACUCUAAAGCUUUGCUUCUUUAUUUGGAAGAAAACAAUAAGCUUCAUGGUAUGCCAUUCCUUGGUAAGUUUAAAAAUUAUUGGGUGAUGAGUUUUAACUCAAAAAUUAUAUAAAUUUAUUAGCUUUAUCUUAGCUCUUAUCCUAAUCAAAAAGGGAGAUGUAUACAUGAGGGAUGUAAUUAUUUUGCGGUUUUUGCUGGGGGUGGAGGGGUUAGAGUGGGAAUGUACUUUAACAGUUUUUAAAAAAGAAAAAUCAGAUAAAUAUUUUUCUACUAUUAUAUGAUUAUACUUUAUACUAGUUUCUCUAGUAUGGCAUGCCAGGAAGCCCAAGGUACUACAUCAUAAAUUAAUAAUGUAUUGUACCUUUUAUUAGGCAGUUAAAGUAGCAUCAGAUGCUUGGCACUACUGCCAUAAUAAUGAAAUGCUCAUAAAAGAUCAAAUAUUACUGAACAAUUUAAAUGAUUAAAUUAUUCCCAAGUCUGGUCUAGGAAAUUUUCCAAUCAUAUUGUUAAUGUGUAAUCUAAGCUAUUUCAAUUGUAUACAUGAACAAUUCUGGAAAGAUAUUGCUUGUAUUCCUGGCACAAGUCGUCAGGUUUUGUAAUCUUUAAAAGAAAUGAAAAUUUAUACAAUGAAUAAACUUUCAAAUACAUAUAUACACAUAUA